GUGAAACAAUAAUUCAAGCUUCUAAUAGUAUUUCUCUUCACGCGAUAUCCGCGUCUGGCAACUCACUGUACUAGAAACGCGGCAAGAUAGCUGAGUACACGUGUAUGGGUAUUAGUAUGACGCUUGACUGCAAAGGCAAUCGUCUGAAUUGCUCUCAUUCCUAUCGCCAAACAGCAUCUGGCACUUUACUCCAGUUUUGCAUAUCCGUUACGAUCACGUGGUCUAAUAAAGAAUCAGAACUUCGAAGCUGGCAUGAAUUAAUUGAAUCGCAUAAAUCUGCGGUUCGCACGAACGACAGUGUACGGCGGACGAGAGCGGCCACGGAUGGAGGUCGUUUAAAAUCGAGUGUUCGCAAGUGUUUAAACGAGCAUAAACCGAGGAGGACGGUGUUGGUGCGAGCAAGCGAGUACGUCUGUACGUUCACGAUAGCAUCGUCGUGGCCGUUUAUACACGCUGGAAAAGUAGGAGAGUGUAGGGACCGUUUCUCGAAUCCUGGCUCGCGGAGUCAGUAAACGCAGAGCCAGUUACUAGGCAGACACGCUCUCCGAUCCGAUGCAAAUUUCCUCGACACCCGAGAGCAUGGAUCUGCUAGGCGUGUAGGCGAGAGAUGUCCAUCCUCUUGCAGAACCAGUCCUUUAUACGUACUUACUGUACGAGACGCGGACUCGUUGGUAGUGGUCUCCUCCAUAGGCGUCACCUAUUUAGAAUCGGACCUUGUUCGAUCUGUGGUAUGCAAAAGUAGCGCCGAGUUUCUUGUACUCGAUUAUGCCUCGAAAUUGUUAAGCAUGCAUUCAGGCUAACGCGACUGUACGUGAUUACGCUGUGUCCGAUUGGGAAGGAUAUAGUCACCGCGAGAAAAUAAAUACGUGUUAGGAUACAUAUUAUAGAUUAGAUAUUAAUACGUGUGAAGAAUUUCCACGACGAGAUCCAGGGUUCAAUAUUUCAAAUAAAAAAUCUGGGUGCCGCGUAUUUCUUGUCCCAAAUAAGUAAAAAUAAUAAAAAUAAAUUAUCAGAAGUAUUAUUGUUUCGUUUAUAUGCAAUUUAGCAGAAUAUCGCAAAACAGAGUGCACUUCCGUUUAUUACAUAGUAAAAACGUAUGUCGAUCUCUGCUUCAGUUAAAUUUAAUGAAUGGGGAAGCGAAUUAAAUAUGUAAUUUAAUAAACAAUUAAAUACGUGGCACCCAUGAUGGCGCCCAUGGUGUGUGUCAGACACGAGGCCCCGGCACUCACCGUGGUGGUUGAAACACGUUGCCCAUUGGGCGACUCUGUAGGGUACAUACGUAUGACUCUCGACGGGAUCAUGCGCAACUUUCCAUAUCGAGGAGUUUUAUUGCUACGCCUCGAGUAGUGGGAUAACCAGGGGCGCCUACACGCGUUCGUUCGUUCGACUUCGAGCCACGCUCUCGAACAGAAGGUGUAGCCAGUAAAACAAACAUUCGCGGAAACGCC